AUGUCUUCGCGCAAGAAGGUCCUCCUCAAGGUCAUCAUCCUCGGCGACAGCGGGGUCGGCAAGACCAGCUUGAUGAACCAAUAUGUCAACAAGAAGUUCAGCGCGAGCUACAAGGCGACCAUCGGCGCCGACUUUCUGACACGAGAGGUUCUCGUCGACGACAGACAAGUCACCAUGCAGCUUUGGGACACGGCCGGGCAGGAGCGCUUCCAGUCGCUGGGCGUCGCCUUCUACCGCGGUGCCGACUGUUGCGUCCUGGUAUACGAUGUCAACAACGCGAAGAGCUUCGAGGCGCUGGACAGCUGGAGAGACGAGUUUCUCAUCCAGGCUUCGCCACGGGAUCCGCCAAACUUCCCCUUUGUCGUGCUGGGCAACAAGAUUGAUGUCGAGGAGAGCAAGCGAGUGAUCUCGAACAAGAGGGCAAUGACCUUUUGCCAGUCAAAGGGAGACAUUCCGUACUUUGAGACGAGCGCCAAGGAGGCCAUCAACAUUGACCAGGCAUUCGAGGUCAUUGCGCGAAACGCCCUGGCACAGGAAGAGUCAGAAGAGUUCAGCGGCGACUUUGACGACCCCAUCAACAUCCACAUCGACAACGACCGCGACGGGUGCGCCUGCUGA